UAUUAUUUUAGAAAGUCAUUCCCACACAUCCCGACUUCAAAAAGUGGGGGCUCGUUUUUUUAAUAAAAUCAAUAAUAAAUCUCCAUUUCUAUCUUCUCCAAACUCCCAUUUAACUUCAAUGGCUUUCAGCCGCCUACCUCUGCAUUCUUAACCAUGUCUCUCGCCGUCGCUCUCUCCGCCCUCUUCCUUCUCUUCUUCCCAUCUCCGGUCACUGCCCAGCCUCCGAAACCCCGCAAUUUUUCCGCCUUCUCUAUUUCCCAGUCCCCAUGGCGACCCACUCAAAAUCUCAUUCUCCUCUCCCCCAACUCCCUUUUCGCCGCCGGCUUCCGCCCACUACCCAACAACUCUAAUCUCUUCAUCUUCUCCGUUUGGUACUUCAACAUCUCAACAGACAACGUCGUCUGGUCCGCCAACCGUCUUUCUCCGGUCAACCGUUCAGCGGCUCUGGCCAUCACAGCCACCGGUCAGCUUCGUCUCAAUGACGGCUCCGGUCGCAACCUCUGGCCUUCCAACAGCGUUUCUGCAAAUCCAAAUUCGACCCAAUUAAUCCUUCGCAAUGAUGGAGAUUUGAUUUAUGGCACAUGGGAGAGCUUCCAAUUCCCCACCAAUACUAUAUUGCCUAAUCAGACAUUGAAUGGAACCACCAUCGUCUCCAACAACGGCAAAUAUUCGUUUGUGAACUCUGUUAAUUUGACGUUUGGUACAGAGAGGUACUGGUGGACUGACAACCCCUUCAAGAAUUUCGAAAAUACAGGAAUAAUCAACAGAGAUAAUCAAAACCCAAUUUACCCUUCUGAUUUUAACUCAACCCGGAUCCGGAAAUUGGUUGUUGACGAUGAUGGGAACCUCAAGAUUUUCAGCUUAAAUCCAAAUUCCCCACGGUGGGAUGUGGUUUGGCAAGCACAUGUAGAGUUGUGUCAUAUCUUUGAUACUUGUGGCCCGAAUUCUGUCUGUAUGAGUACUGGCAGUUACAAUUCCACCUACUGUGUCUGCGCUCCCGGAUUCAGCCCCGAUCCUCGCGGCGGAGCACGGCGAGGAUGCCACCGGAAACUCAACGUAUCGAGCAAACCCAAGUUUCUUCAACUGGAUUUUGUGAGUUUCAGAGGUGGGGUUAAACAAAUCUCCCUGCAAACCCCAAAUAUUUCAGUGUGUCAAGCGGAUUGCUUAAAGAAUUCGAGCUGCGUGGGUUAUACAUUCAGCUUCGACGGCAGCGCCCAGUGUGUGCUUCAGCUAGACAUUUUGUCGAACGGGUUGUGGUCGCCAGGGAUGAAGACAGCUGCCUUUGUGAAGGUCGACAAUUCGGAAACAGACCGGUCAAAUUUCACCGGAAUGAUGUACAAACUCCAAACCACAUGCCCAGUUCACAUCAGCCUCCGGCCGCCGCCUGAAAAUAAAGAUAACACUACCAGGAACAUAUGGAUAAUUGUCACCAUAUUCGUGGCCGAACUAAUUUCUGGGGCGGUUUUCUUCUGUGCAUUCUUGAAGAGAUUUAUAAAAUACAGAGACAUGGCUCGCACGCUUGGUCUAGAAUCACUUCCCGCCGGUGGACCAAAGCGGUUCAGCUACGACGAGCUGAAGAUAGCCACCAACAACUUCUCGAACUGCGUCGGAAAAGGCGGAUUCGGCGAAGUCUUCAAAGGGGAAUUGCCGGACAAACGUAUCAUCGCCGUCAAGUGUUUGAAAAACGUCUCCGGCGGCGAUGGCGACUUUUGGGCAGAGGUCACCAUCAUCGCCAGAAUGCACCAUCUCAACUUGCUCCGAUUGUGGGGAUUCUGCGCCGAAAAGGGUCAAAGAAUGUUAGUCUACGAGUACAUAGCCAAUGGAUCUCUCGACAAAUUCCUCUUCGUCAAACCUCCGCCGUCUGAUUCAACGGAUGGAGAAAUCCCAUCGCUCGAUUGGGGGAUUCGUUAUCGAAUCGCCAUUGGAGUUGCGAGAGCAAUCGCGUACUUACACGAAGAAUGCCUUGAAUGGGUGUUACAUCGAGACAUAAAACCCGAAAACAUCCUUCUGGACAACGAUUUCUGCCCGAAACUAUCGGAUUUCGGGUUGUCGAAACUGAAGAAAAACGACGAGACGGCGGUGAGUAUGUCUCGGAUUAGAGGGACACCCGGUUACGUAGCGCCGGAGCUGGUGAAAUUGGGUUCUCAUUCGAUAACGACGAAGGCGGAUGUGUACAGUUUCGGAAUGGUUCUGCUGGAGAUUGUCAGCGGAACGAGGAAUUUCGAUACGAAAGGAUCGACGGUCGAGAGCGCGUUUUGGUAUUUUCCGAGCUGGGCAUUCGAAAAAGCGUUUGUGGAAGCGAAGAUUGAAGAAGUUUUAGACAGUCGGAUCAGGAAUCAGUACGACAGUGGAGCCCAUUUCGCCAUUGUUAACCGUAUGGUGCAGACGGCGAUGUGGUGCGUUCAGAACCAACCGGAGAAGAGGCCGGCGAUGGGGAAAGUGGUGAAGAUGUUGGAAGGGAAGUUGGAGAUUCCUCUUCCAGAAAAGCCUUUCAUUUACUUUCUAUCAGAAGGGCAGGAAGGUCCUAAAUUGCCAAUAGCCGCGGUGGAUUCCAAACAUUCUAUAGACUCUGUAGACUUUGAUUAUCCUCAGGCAGAAAAUAGCUCAACUAGUCAAAGUUUCGGAUAAAAGUCAUAUUCAACUUCGAAUGGUAUGAAUGUGACAUUUUAAAAUA